AUGAGCAUUGAAAAUGACUCAAUUAUAACACUUCCAACUGAAAUCAUUAAUAGAAAGGAAUUUUCAUUACCAGAUUCACAGAAGCUUUCUCAUUUUUGGAUAGUGAAUCAUGUAAUCAAUUCAUUAUUCUCGUCAAAUAACACACACAAUAAUGAAUUAGUAAAAAAUAGCUACUUUAAGGGAAGUUUAUUCGAGGAAAUAAGGUUUCAACUUAAUGUUAUAGCUAACAACCUUGAAUUGAUCCGAAUCAAUGAAAAGGAGAACAGUAAUCAGUUCCAAGUUUGGAAAGAGCUGGGGAGCUGCGUUUCAGAGUUUAUAACUGAACUAUUGGAAAAGUGGGAUUUAAAACUUUGCGAACUCCAACAUCAUCAUCUUAAUAAUUGUGAAGUUCUGCUUAAUGAGCUAGUUUCAGAAUUUAAUCAAAUCAACAGAAAGGUUAAAGGAAUUGACGUGAUUGAAGGUUUUGAUAAGGAGGAGGAUUUGUGGGGGGAUGAACAACUGUUUUGGGAGAUUGAUUCAGUCUACCCAUUUCGUGAAUUUCAAUUUGGAUUGAUGAAUGAAGAAACAAUAUGCUCAACUCCAAUUACAAUUGUUUAUCUGAGUAGUAUACUACAUCCGUACAUAUCUAUAUGGUCAAAUAUUCGCUCUUUUUUCAACAUUUUGGUCAAUAAAGUAUUCCUAUCAAAUUCAACCAAUAUAAAAAAUGUAGAAAUUCAAAAGAGCGAAUUAAAUAUAUUCAUACUUGAAACCUUAUUUGAUAAUAUUGAAAAAUCAAUUCUAAUUAUUGAUGAAUAUAUACUGAAUAUAUGGACUUCUUUAUUAAGAAAAUGUAUUUGUUCUUUUGCUAAGUUAGUCCCAAAUACUCAAAGUUCGCUAAAGAAAUUUCCAUCCAGCAAAGGAAAUAAUAGUGUAGAAUUUUAUAAUUCUAUAUCUAUUCUAAGUGAUAUAUUAAACUAUUUCAACAAAUAUAAAACGUGCUACUUAUAUAACAUUGGUAAUAUUUUUGGAAUCCAACCAAAGAAUGAAAUAUCAAAGCUAGAUUUUGUACUAAGAACAAUCAAAAUUGAGAACCAACUUUCAGAUAUCCCUAUUGAGUUAUUAAAUGACAUUCAUCUUCAAGAUCAAUCAAAAGCUUUCCCUAUUAAUAUGUUGUUUACAAGUAAUCAAGAUAAUCAAUCUCAAGCUAUACAGAGAAGAUACACAUUCCAAAACAACAUUGGAAAAUCAUUUAGAGAGUUAAAUAGGGAUCUGAAAAUGUACUAUAAGGAAUUAUUCAUUAAGGAAGACAAUGAGAUUAAAGCAAAACUUUGCAACCCAAUAAUAACUAAACUAAUCAAAAAUCACAGUAACUUUGAAAAUCAUCAAGGAAUUCGAAUAAUUAAUAUUUUAUCCUGCUUAAGAGACCUUGUAAUUUUAGAGGAGUCUUCUACUGAACAAUUAAUUAAAACUCUGCGUUUAGAUUCAAAAAAGAAGUUCCCAAAUAUAGAUGUUGAUCCAACAGAAGCUAAUCUUUCAAUUAAGCUUUUAUAUAAUAAAGGGCUCAAAGAUGAGGACAAAGAAUUAAAGAGGAAAAUCAUGUCAAUGUUUUUAUUAGAAUUUGAAGUUAGUAACACAAAAGACUAUAUUAAAGGUCAGCUACCCACAUUCUACUCCUUAAAAAUCAGACUCAAUAAUAUUAAUCUUGGCUUAAAUUCAAAUAUAAAUUUAUCAAAUAAUCAAAUUUUAAUUUGUGGUAUCCCAAGUUAUUUAAUAUUGCAGUUUUUUGGUAAAGAUAUCAUGGAGGAUUAUUCAAAUAUUUUUAGUUUUUUACUGGAAGUUAAGAGAUGUUCUUUAUUUCUGAAUCAAGUAUUUCAAACUUUAACUGAAAUCAACAGAGAGAAACAGGGGAUUUUGCUUUGCAAGCAAAAGGUAAAGAAAAUCGCUAAAGAUGGUUUUGACUAUAUUAAAUUCUGUAAUAAUAAUUGCUCAAUUAUUAUGAAAUGGGUUGACCUAUUGCUUUACAUGUCUCAAAAAAUGCGUUUUUCAAUCCAAUUUAUUGUCGAUAUUUAUUAUAGUUAUUUUUCUAUACAAUCCCCAAUCAUUUGGGAGGAACUCAAGAAUAAUCUCAGUAGCAAUAACUCUGUUUCAUUCAUGAUUAAAAGUCACAAAAUAUAUAUUGAGAAGCUACAUAAAUUAGUCUUGGCUCCAAACAAGAGAAAAAAAGACAACUUGGGUAUAGACCAGUCAUUCCAAUCAAUUUCUAUCAGUUUUGUAUUGUUAUUGAAGCUUGGAAGAAAAUUAAAUAUUUUAACUUAUAAAGUUAACCAGCUCGUUCAAUUCUUAAGUAAUGUAAACAAUGUACUAAGGAAUAGAAAGUAUGUUCCAUGUAUGAUAUUAAGAAGGAAAGUACAGCAAACCGUUAAAAAAAUUGUAUUGGCUUUUGAAGUUUUACAUUCUGAGUUUAAUGAAGCCAAGCAACAAUUUCUCAACUCAUUAAAUAUAUAUAUUAUGUCCAAUCCCAAUAAAGAAAUGGAAUUCCUACUACUACAACUAAAUAAUUAA